AUGGCUACUUGGCUAGUGUGGCUAGCGAGUUGAGUUAUCGCAGUUGCUAUCGCUAUCGAUAUCGCUGUUACGAGCAACUUCACACACCACGCAUUAACACUAGUAUAUAGGCACAGUACGUAAGUGCAAGUCUACGUCUCUACGUCUUCGUUCGCUAACAUCGUCAAUUCGUAGUUCAUUCGUCGACUUGAGAAACAGAUACGAUAACAUACAACCGCGAGCGCGUCUUGUUUUCGAAAAAUGUCCGGUUUACGAGUGAAAUCAAAUCGGUCAACGCCGGCGUCGGCGCCGUUUCGAGUGUCCCUAUCUACUACGAUAUCGAUGGUGGCCGUUAUUUUUACCUUAAUGCAUUCCGAUUACGGCGGUGGAAGUGCGACAGCUCAAGAAUUCGUCUAUCCGGGCCAAGCGAAAAGCGAACGCGAUCUGUCGACGUGCGCACCGUACGAGAUAUGCAGCGUCGUACACAAGCGUUACUGGUUCUCCAUUAAAGUGGAAAGAUUGUGUCGAUGCGACGUCGAUGGCCAGGAAUGUCCCAACAGCUGGUCCGACGACAACGACGAAAACGGCGAGCCGGAUAAGUACACGAUGGCGCUGAAUAAUCGAGCACAGAUCAAAUUUUGCGAACCGAUCACCGCGCUGCCAAAUUGCCUACAACAACAAUCGCCGGCGGAAGACGAAAACUCCAUCAAUACGACGACGUCGUCGACGGCAGCGCCGGUACCGGUGGAGCGGUUUUUGCACGUGAUCAACGAAACUCGCACCGAAACAUCGUCCAUUGAUAACGCUACGACGAAAAAUUACAAGCUCACCUCGAAAGCGGAAUGUUACUGCCCGCCACACAAUACUUGGAUAGCGCACACGCAUCGAAAAAAUCAAACAUCGGCAGCCGUCAGCCAUUCUUCCACGUCGUACCGUUGCUCCCGAUUACCUAAAUGUAAAGCCGGCGAUACGUGCGGUUACGAACGCAUCGAUCUUUAUUCCAAUUACUACAAGUGUUCCUGCCCUUACGGCUAUCUUUGCCUGCGUUCGGAUCAAUCGACCGGUGCCUCUGCAGCCCUCGACACCGAUACCCGUCCAGUCAACGAGAUGCUGUACCAAGGUCCGGCUUUUCUCACCUACUGCCGAAAGCGAUACGAUUAGCUGAGUAGUGACUCAACUGACUGCUUGUGUACCCUUCUGUGUCUACUUAUACACAUACCUAUAUUAUGUACAAUUACCAAUAUCUAUCUAUCUAUUAAUCCACUCAUCCACGUUGCAAUAAAAUAUAAAUCGUAAAAUA